AUGCUCAGAAUAUCCGAGGCACUAGCUCUUCGUUGGGACGACGUUAAACUCGACGAGAUAUUGAGUCCCUUAGAAAUGUUUUAUUUAUUGUAAAAUGAAUAAACUGAUGAAACUGAUGAUGACGAACUCGACGGAAAAGGCAGUCUCCAGAUUAGACGAUCGAAUAAAGAUCAAGAAGGAAAAGGCGUGAAUCUUCCGAUCAAGCUGGAGAAGGAAAACCUACAAGUCGUCACUCGCUUCAAAUUGAUCACCGGCUCAGUUUUUAUCUUCUUAUCAGCCUCAAUGAAAACGUCCAUCACUUACUUUACCGCAUGCAAAAUUGAAACUUCUGCUUCAUAAGGCCUGACUCGAAAACUUCAACUACACUUCUCAUGCCUUCAGGGGCGGUGCGGCGACGGUGGCCUUGGGAAGCCGAGUGGACAACUUCAGCGUUCGGAUGCUACAUCAGCAGAAGGCCAAUCAAGAAAUCAAGAGACGGAGAGCGCGCCGACUUAGGAGAUGAAGACGGCCCAAGAAAGAACUAG